GGUACGAAAUACCGUACGUCAGCCAACCUAGGAUAUCACACAUCAAACAUCACUCACCCACCUAUCGUUCCGGAUUAUCACAACUUUCGUGGUCGAAAUAGGCAGCGAGCGAAUCUGUACAUAAAAACCAUAGAAAAUCUACACUCAUUUGAAAGCAUCUCAAACCAUCAAUAACAAACAAAUCAUGUCCUUCGAUCAGUUGUCGUCGCUGGAGUCGCAACCGACGACAAUGCGAAGAGAGGAUGAUCCUCAAUAUGCGGACGAUCCGGAAUUCCAACGAUUAUCGCAAGACCUUAUGACGAAGCUCUUCUCAUUGACGGGGAAUAUCUCAAGACUUUCAAAUGAAAUCAACUUAUUGGGAACGAAGAGGGACACGGAGAGGGUUCGGGAAAGAGUCCACGAUCUCUUGGAAGACUCAAAGGAUGCCUUCAAAGAGAUUGGCGAUGGCGUCAAGCAGAUACAAUCAUGGGAGGAUGUAAAUCCAUCGCAAAAGUAUACACAAACAAAGCUUACGCGCGAGUUCCAAAACAACUUGACCGAAUUCCAAAAUGUACAGCGCCGAGCUCUCGAGAAACAACGAUCCUCUGCUACUGCAGCACGAACGGCAAUGGAAGAAGCGCAAUCACCAGGAGCUGAGGGGGGCAAUCAGUUUGGACAACAACAAUCUCAAGAGCAGCUUCGAUUGGCUUCCCAGGAUGAGGUUGAUUUUCAGGAUUCGUUGAUAGUAGAGCGUGAGGCCGAGAUCCGGAAUAUCGAACAAGGCGUUACUGAAUUGAACGAGUUAUUUCGAGAUGUGGCACAUAUUGUCAAUGAGCAGGGCGAGACUCUUGAUUCGAUUGCCAAUAAUGUCGAAAACGUACAUACGGAUACUAGAGGGGCUGAUCUGGAAUUGAGGAGUGCCGCAAGAUAUCAAAAGAAUGCUCGGUCAAAGGCUUGCUGCUUACUAUUGAUAUUGGCGGUCAUCCUCACUAUCAUCAUACUCGCAGCCACUUUAGGGUAGGCGCAUUUCUUUGGAACGGUUCUAUGUGUUAAUAUCCUUGGGGGAGUUUUGGCGUUUUCCCAUGGCAUCCUGCUUCCAUGUCUUCACACUUUCCUUGUCAUUUGUACGAUUGCCGGUCAGAAUGUUUUUAGAACGAUUUCAAUGAAGCAAGAGAGGGUGAUAGGAUCAGGUAUCAUGUCACCGUCCUCCCAUCACCUUUGAAACUAAUAUACGAGUAUUAAAUUCCUCUGCA